GAGAAAAGGGGGCAUCGUGAGAGAAUUCACUAAAACAAACAACUUUUAAGCUCAGAGGCAGGGAGUGAAGGAGAGAGAGAGCGAACCGGAGGAAAAGAGAAGGAGAAAGCGAGCGACGCUGGGCGAUAUUCCCAGAGACAGACAUGCUUUAAGAGGGACCGAGGACAAGCAGACAGGAAACUGUCCAGGCUGACAGACACACAACACUCGGGACAGUCCAGUGCUGCUGCUCUGUGCUGGAGCGAGGUAUUUCGAGACGGGUGGACCCACACAGGAGGAAGACGUGACCUCGACAAAAACAGCCAUGUACAGCGGAUAUGGAGGGAGUCCGUCCCGAACUCUCUCCACCAUGUCGCUGUCCGCUCGGCCGGCCAGGCGCCUCCUGUCCAGGUCCAUCACUAGGAGCCAGAGCUUCGCUGGAGUCAACACCUACGACAAGCCGUACAGGAACCUAUCAGUGUUCAGCACUCCAGGUGUGACCAGGAAGCCGAGCAGAGCCAGCAGGAUGUUCACCAUGUCAGGCAAGACCAACCCGCCGCCGAAAACUCCUCAACCCGAGCGGCUGGAUGAGGUCUAUGAGGCGCUGAAGAAAGGCCUUCAGUCCUAUCUCCAGGUCCACCAGAUGGAGCUGGACAGCCUCAGCAGACAAAUGAAAGAGUCAAAGAGGAAUUCUCGGCUGGGCUUCCUGUAUGAACUGGACAAGCAAGUCAAGGUGACCGAGCGCUUCAUACGUCGCCUGGAGUUCCACCUCAGCAAGAUUGAGGAGCUGUAUGAAGCCUACUGUCUGCAGAGGAGACUGCGAGAUGGAGCCGACAAGAUGGUGAAGGCCUACACGGCGUCUCCCGGCAGCAGGGAGGCCAGGGAGAGUCUGUCUGAAGCCAACAAGGGAUACAAGGAGUACACAGAGAACAUGUGUGUGCUGGAGAACGAGUUGGAGAACCAGCUGGGGGAGUUUCACAUUAAGAUGAAAGGUCUGGCUGGUUUUGCUCGGCUCUGUGCUGGAGACCAGUAUGAGAUCUUCAUGAAGUAUGGGCGGCAGCGGUGGAGACUCAGAGGGAGGAUAGAGAUCAAUGCCAAGCAGGUGUGGGACAGCGAGGAGAUGGUGUUCCUGCCGCUCAUCACCGAGUUCCUCUCCAUCAAAGUGACGGAGCUGAAGAGUCUGGCCAAUCACGUGGUGGUGGGGAGUGUUUCAUGCGAGACCAAGGACCUGUUCACCGCGCUGCCUCAGACGGUCGCCGUGGACAUUAAUGACCUGGGAACAAUUAAACUCAGCUUAGAGGUCACAUGGAAUCCGUUUGAUAAGGAUGACCAAACAUCGGCAGCGAGCUCGGUCAACAAAGCUCCAACCGUCAACAAGAGAUUCUCCACCGUCUUCAACCAGAGUCCCCCGGACACGCCGUCGCUCCGCGAACAGGCUUUCUAUUCGCUGCCUCGCAGUCUGGGCAGCCGGCAGCCCUGGCCGCUGCUCGACGUCUUCAGAGACACGCUGAGCCACAGCUGCUCCUGCAGCGACACGUCGCCCGCAAGACCCACCACUGUCAACAUGCUGCGCCGUCAUGAGGAGCUGGAGAACGGGACGGCCUGGUCUAAUUCCUCUGAAUCCUCAGAUGAUUCCUCCAGUCCUCAGCUCUCUGUAGGACUACGCAACUCCACACACCAUAAGCCGGCGGUGGUAAAUCCAGAGCUCCAGCCGGCUGCAGCAGGAACUUCCUGCUCUCAAAUUGACAUCUCAUUUUGCCCCAGAGACUCAGCCUCCUCGACACCAAACUCCACCCACAAACUGAGGCCUACCAGCGAAGCGCACACCAUCACAGAGCCCCAAUUUAAGCGUCACAGGGAAGCAGAAGAGCGGCCAGUCACCACGAUAACAAUAUCUGGAAGUGAGGGAGAGGAUUCUGGGAAACAGCCGCUCACAUCAACGGGGGGUGGAGCGGUGCCGAACGGCCACGCCUCUCGCUCCUACUCACGAUCGCUCAGCCACAUCAGUGAAAACAGCGCCGACGGUGUUGUCCUGACAGACAGGUCCGCCUGCGACUCGGGGGAGGCAAACUCUUUGACAUCUGGGGUCUCUAUCAACGACAUUGAAAUGGAGAUGCCCGACAGAGUGCCAGAUCUACCCAGCGCUGUUGCCAUGGAAGCCAAAGUUUCACCGGGAAAAGUUGCUGUUGUUGAAGAAACCGCGGUGGCUGAUGUCUCGGAUCGCCACCGAGAGCGUGGAGAAGAUGACCAGGAGGUUUCUAAGAAUCAAGCCAGUACCUCCUCCGCCUCUAGGACUGAAAGUGUGGACGCUAACACACAGUCACACAUGAGCAUAGAGUCCUCCAUAGACGUGACGUACGUGGCUCACCGGGUGUCCGUGGAGGACGAGGAGACGUCGGGGCCUGGAGCUGCUCCUGAGUCCGGUGAAGGUGAGAGGCUGGUGGACAGCGAGGUGGAGGACGCCCUGGGAGCCGUCAUCUCGUCUCUGGAUGAUUACAGAGGCCAGUUCCCUGAGCUACAGCUCCUGGAGCAAGAAUUGAGGCUGCUGCAAGUUACGCUGAAGGGCGGCAGGCACAGCCCGUCACCCAGUGUUGUCAGCCUAACGGUGGAAACGGCUCUGGGCAGUUUUGACUUCCUGAACACCUCUGACGCUGAGGAGGAGGAGGAGGAGGAAGGUGACAAGAGGAGUAAAAGUGGCAGGCGGCAUCCAGACCGAGGCUGGGACGCCCCCGCCUCCCCCAUGCCCCCCCUCACCACUGGCUGCACUGUGCUAGACCGCUCCCUGGUGGUCCACCUGAGGAACUGCAGCACACAGCUGCUGCGCCUCGGGAUGUUUGGGCCUCUGCGGUGCGGGGAGAUGUACGCUCUGGACCGGCUGCUGAGAGAGGCUCGGGUCUUAGAGAUCAUACGACGCAUCAUCAAGGACAACCCCAGGGGACUCACACAGUGUGACCAAGUAAUACCACAGCUGGAGCAGUGUCAGGGCGCCACGUCGCUAUGGCAACAGUGUGUGGGUCAGGGCAGCGUGUACAGCGUCUCCGCAGAGUCCUUCCUGGUUACCCUGGCAACGGUCUACUCAGCCAAACUCCCCGAGCGGGCUGCCAACAUGGCCGACGCAGUGUUCAUGCGGCUGCUGGAGCGGCUGCUGGAGCAGCAGCUGCCGCGGCGCGGCGGCGGCAGAGACAAGAUGAUGGUCACGGUGUUCCAGCUGUGGAGCUACCUGGAGGCUGACGGCAUCUGCGACAUGGACACACACAUCAGCGAGCUGGCUGAAGAGGUCUGGUUAGUCCAAACCCUCGCGUCAUGUGACCAGGAAGUGUUGGUGCGUGCUCUGCGGCGCCCCCCGGAGUGCAGCCUGAAGAGAGAAGGGCUUCAUGCUGUUGCCAAAUUGCUGAAAGAUCCUCGAGGGAAAGUGGUGGCCUCUGCCAGCUCUCUGCUACGAAGCCUGGCUGAGCAGCCCAGGCACAGAGAGAGGGCCUUGGUGAGCUGCCUGGAGCUGCUGGAGGAUGAGAACGUGGAGACCAGAGUGUGUGGAUGCAAGGCGUUAGCUUGUCUCAAGGCUAAAGAAAGCAUCGACCAGCUGGUGUAUCUGUGUCAAACAGACAAGGAGGAAGUCAGAGACGCUGCCAAACAAGCCCUGCUAGUGCUCGGCGAGGAGGGAAAGAUGGCCCACCGACAUGUCGAGACGUCUCAGGAUGGCAUACCAAGACUCUUCGCUCCUGGUAGCAUGGCCAGCACAGCCUUCUAACACACAAACACACACACACACACACACACACCAGCAGUACAAUAUGAAUAUGUUUGAUGUAUCAUGAUGUUGUACUGUUCCCAAACUCCUUCACCAACAUCACAUUUAUAACAUUAAUAUAAAGUGCAUACACUGUCAGAGAGGGUGCAAUAAUACCCAUGUGGAAGAUGACAGCCACUGUUAUAGUUAACACUGGGCAUACAACUCACACACACACACACUACUAAAUGAAUCUGUGGUAACUACUCUUCAAAAUCAGCUGGACUAUGUGGAUGUUGGGAAGGACGUGUCAUCUUAUCUGCCUUAACUGGGAGGAUGGGAGGACGGACUGGGAGCAGGCUGUGCAGUGGAGUUUGUCAGGCUGCAGGAAAACCAAGCAUCUCAAGCUUCCCGGCUGCAGGACUGUGUAUGUGCAGAACAAAAAUGUAUUAUACCAACAUCAGGGCUUUUUCAUCCGAUUUCUGGUGUCUCAAAACUGACCCAAACACAAAACUGAGCCUCUAAACUAUCAGAAACACAACAUGAAAAAGAAUACUAGAAAAAGCUACUUACAGAGCUAUUUAAAAUCAUGACAUGAAACUUUGUCCCCUGAUUAGCUAAAUGUCCAUGCCAUAAUAUAUACCAAUUUAACAAGAAAUAGACAAAAAAAAAGUUGUAUUUUAAGAUCAAAACAGAAUCCCUUUUACUUGCAGGAAAAUGUCAUUUUAAUAUCUGACCGGUUUACACUGUCCAUCACUGCAGGUUUAGUUCCCUGUGUCCACAUGCUGCUCAAAUGUAUUUCUGUCUCUCCAUUCACUUCCACAGCAGCUCCCACACUUUCAGCACAUAAACCAACACAUAAAAGCAGAUUAUGCCCACUGUAAAAACAACACGUUCUGGUACCCAUGUUUUGAGGGAAUUAAACAACUCUUGUUGUUUUCCUUCUGAGCUGGAAGUAGAUCUGACAAGUGGCUCCUGCAGGAAACGUCUGCAGAGUGACCUCACACCAGGAAGAAAUAACCUGGUAGUACUGUCACACAUAACUGUAACUACACAAUUAUAUUGGCAUAAUCCGCUCUGUUCAUGUUUGUGUUUGCGUGUUUGCACCAGAAGUGUUAUUGUGGGAGUUGUUUGCUGUGGAAGUGAAUGGACACCCAGUGGAGCUCAGAGCAGCUGGUGAGGAGGUUUCAGCUCCGUCAGGGAAACAGACCACACCACAGGCCAGGUUUACUGCCACCCAGUAUGGUAGAGUCACACCAGUCCAGCAGUCUGUUCCAGCAAACUAAACACCGGGAAACACCAGGAAAUCUGAAAAAUGAGUGAGAAGUCAGAGGCUGUCGGUUGUCCUCUGUGUGUGUCACUGUCACUGCAUCAUUUACUGUGAGAUUUGGGCUUCACUUCAGAAGGUGAACAUGAGGCCAAAAACAGCUUUUUUUCAGGUCUGGGAUGUCCUCAUGUUGGCCCACACACACACACACACACACACACACACAGCUAAGCCCCCUGUCCUAACACACAGGUUCCACACUGCAGAGUCUUUAUGAAGCUGUCUGAUCGUUAUCCCUGCUUGGUGUGAGUCCCUGCAGGCUUGUAUGAGACAAAGGUUCAAACAAUUCAGUGCCAAUGUUCUGUAUUAUCAUGGCAAAGCAUAGCUUAUUCUUAAUGAAAAAAAAAAAAAAAAAAAAAAUAUAUAUAUAUAUAUAUAUAUAUAUAAUUAUUACCACUGGAAUUGUAUAUGUUAUGUGACUAUAUUGUAAAUUGUUUUUUUUUUUUUUUUUUUUUUUUUUAGAGCAGUCUUAAUUUGUAAAUUCACACUUUGUGUUGUUAUGAGUGCUCUUUCUGUUCUACUGAAGACACCAUUUAUUUUCAAUCACUCAACCAGUGAAUCUGAUCUAUUGAUUGACUGAGUGAUUGGUUAAGACACCACUUUCUAUGACACUUUGACACUGGCAUGAUGAUACAGCAAUCUGAUAUCUACUGUAAAGGUGUUAGCAUUUAUUUUGAGCUCCAUGCUCAGUAUUUUUAUUACUAUGCCAGAGACCUGUGGAGGACUUGCCUUUUUGAGCAGAUGAGGACAAAUCCCUGGAGGAGAACAGAGCGGCUCAGAGCGGGUUCAGGGUUUUGCCAGGUCAAGGACAAAUUCACUUUGAAUUCAGUAAAUUCAGAUUUUCCCUCGAAACAGUGUUUCACUUUAAAGUUCUGGCCUUUAGGCAGAAAGGAGUGGAUUUCCAUCUUUCUUAGAAGGUUGGAUCUGAAAACAGGCUGAAGUGUUGGAAUGGACUGAGUUGAAGGUGAAGUGACCCCGGUUCUGCAGCGGGCGCCAUGUUGCUGCGGCAUUUUCCAGAAGAAAUGUCUGAGCAGAAGCUUAGAGGCUCUCAGCUGCUGUGGAUCCGAGCGCUGACGCCAACAUGGCUGCUGCAGGACAGAGGCUGUGUGUCUGUCUGUCCGGCUCAGUGUGUGCACGCUGCCUGCACCAAAACACAGCGUUCAUCUUGGAAAAUAAAAAUCACCCCCAGCUGUUCUGCAGGACAGUGGUGCUGCUGUCUUCCUCUCAUCGUUAUUAAGAGGCUGGAUCCUGGCUAGAAGCUCCACAUGCUAACUGUUAGCCUCCUGCCAUUGAAGUGAACUUCCCCCCAGCUAACACUCUUCAAAAGAACCACCUUAAUCCACUCAAAGAAGCCUUAACAUCAUCAAACUCAAACUUUGUUUGUUACAUAAUUUGAGUGGAUUAUAUGCACUGACGUAUUCCCUUCAUCACUAGUGAGAAUCCUAAUGAGUAAAGGUUGGAAAUUCAAACCAGCUCACAGGAUACCUCUAGGAUAAAACUACAAUGUGAAUAAUUACAGUGUGAAUUUGUAAAAGCUGUUAUUCAGGCCAGCUAAAUCCCAGGUGGGGGGGUCCAGCGCAAUGGCAGGACGCUAACAGUUAGCAUGUGGAGCUUCCAGCCAGGAUUCAGCCACUUGAUAAUGAUGAGAGGAAGACAGCAGCACCACUGUCCUGCAGAACAGCUGGGGGAGUGAUUUCUAUUUUCCAAAUUGGGUGAACUGUCCUUUUAGAGGGGACACACACAUUGCAUCAGUUGUCUGUCCUGUGUUUUCCCCUGAGACUGGCCUGAGCUGCUCAAAGACAUGCUCGGCAAUGCCAGUAUGCACUGGGACUCGCCUGCUUCCAGAGCCUGUCAGUGUGGAGGACGUCAGGAAGCAGCCCUGCAGCCGGCAUGGAAGCUCUCCUUCUCAUCGCAAGCAAUAAUGAAUCUCUGCUCUGCUGCUCGGUCCAUGAGAAGACUGGUUUCCUGCUCAGGUUUUUGUUGGGAUUUGCAAGGGCUGAUCAAACAUGCAACCUUACGCCAAGUCAGGUCUGCUUUGCAAUAUGAGCUCGGCUGGCCCUGCAGUCAGGUGGGCUGUAGCUGCCAGGACUCAGCAUUCAGCCCCGACAGCCAGCUACUGCUAUACCUAUGCAUUCAUGCAGCAUCUUACAGGAAUUAAGUGCCUCAAGGUUUGAUAGUGAAAGAGAUGCUAUGAGACUUACAGAGAUACUUUAUUUAAGAAUGAAGAAAAAGUGAAGCAGUGCAAAAACACUGCAGCAGACUAUUUUUUUUUCCAUAAGGUUGGUAGAUUGUGCAGCAUUGGAAAUAAGUGUUUUAUUUCAUCAUGAUUGUUAUUUUCUUUUCUUUUCUAAAAUGUUUCUAAAAUAUAUUCCCUGGCAUUUGUCUUGCCUGGUUGUCAAACAUAUACAGAUUAUUAUUAAAAUGUGUUUAAGACAGA